AUGCCUCACGUCGGUGCUGAUCGCUCCUCCGCACAGCCGGUGCCACCCAUCGACUCCUUUGUUGAGGUGUUGCCGGUAACGCCGCAGGUGGAGCGGCGCCGCGGGAUUCUGCGCUUCUACGGCCUAACGGAUUUCUCCGAGGGUGAGUGGGCCGGUGUCGAGCUCGUCGGCUCUGAGGGCCGCAACGAUGGAACAGUCAAGGGCAUCUUCUACUUCAAGUGCGCAGCUGGCCAAGGCCUCUUUGUUCGGCCCAACCUGAUUGUGCCAUAUGCCCCAGCGAGUCCGACAUCGACGGGGGAAGCUGCCUCGGCAAAGAUUGAGGCGCUGGAGGAAGAGCUGCGGGUGGCGCACCGCGAGGCCGUGGAGCGUGAGAGACUGAAGGACAGCCUCGAGGCGUCACUGCACAGUAUCCAGGCGGAGCUUGAGCAGCUGAGAGCUGCAGCGGUGCAGGCAGCCGCCAAGGUGGACGCCAAGACGGAGGAUGAAGAUGACGAACUCGCGGCGCAAGUGCAGCUGGAAUCCGUGCGACUAAAGUUGCAACGCCAGCUGGAUACCUGCGAGGCGGAGCUGAAAGCUGCCAAGAAGUCAGCGAGCGAGGCAGCGGCCGCCUGUGCCGCUGCCGAGAAACGGGAGCAGCAGGCAGAGAGCGCGCGAAAGUGCAGCGACGCGGCACAGGCGGCGCUGCAGACCCGCAACACCGAACUUCAGACGGAGCUGACCCGUCUUCAAGCGGAGCUAGCCACAGCAGUGGCUCAGCAGAGUCAGUCAACUCAGAACUCCUCCGAAGCUACGGCGGAAGCCUCGGCCGCCUGCACGGAGCUGCGGGCUGCAUUGUGGGCCAAGGAAACUGAGGUGCUGCAGCUCCGCGCAGCUCAUGCAGAGAUGUCUCGCACUUACAAGAAACUCCAAGAACGGAAAGCAGAGGAGCAAGAGCGAGCUGAGGCAGCAGAAGAGCACUGCGAAGACGUCCUGGCGGCUCAUGCGAGCGAAACGGCGCGUCUGCAAGCUGAGAUCGCUUCCGUGAAAACAGCGAAAGAGGCGUUGGCCAACGCACAGCGCGACAAGGAAGAGCUGCAGGAACUGUGCCAGCUACUGGAAGAGGAGCUCAAGGAGCAGAAGGCGCAAUCUGACGCGCUGACGCACUUGGUGGAGGACCUAGGUGCCGCCAAAGCCGCGGCGGAAGCUGCUGUCGAGGGAGCACAGCAGUCCGCUGCGCAGGAGAGGGCCCGCCUGCUUCGCGAACUGGAGGAAGCGCGUGCCUGUGAAGUGCGGGCUACAGCAGUAGGCGCAGUCUCUGAAGGAGGAGUCACAGGCCGUCCAUCCACGAGCAGCACCGCCACUGCAGACACGCCCUCUCUCGAAAUUUCCCUUCAGCAGUGUCGGAACGAGCUGGACGAGGCGCGCGCUCGCAUCCUGCAGCUCUCCAGCUCCCAACAGGUGGUCCAGGAGCUGCAGCACCGCUGCGACGAGCUGACAGAGGCGAUGCGGGUGCAACGCGCCGCGGCGCAAAAAUCGGACGAUGUUGCUCGAGCGACACUGGCUGCGGCGCAACAGCAUCACGCACAGCAGGUGGCGCAGUUGCGGGAUGCCUGCGAAGCAGCACGGCGUGAGGCAGCAUCCAUGGCCGCCCAGCUCGAUCUCGCAGUCAGUCCACGGGGAGCGAGCGGCGGCCACUCCACUGUGGCUGCCGCGCCCUUUGUGUCCCAUCUUGACGCUGUCCGCGAGGCCCGCUACGAAGCACGUAUCUGCUCGCUGGAGCAGCUCUUGCUCGAGUGCAACGCGGCGCGCAUGUCGUCGGCUAUAUGGUACGUGCCUGUCGCGCAGACACGGACGUGGCGCGGUUCUGAGGUGCCGCUAGCGCUUCUGAAGGAGCCAGUCGAAAGGCUCCUCGACUUCAGCACCCGUGAUGCGUGCGCCACGUCCACCAAGGCACUCUUUCACACACCAACUGCGUCACCGUAG